AUGGGGUUUACAUCAACGGAGAAGGAGGAUUUGGCUUCAUAUCAAUUGAGAGAUGUUUCUCAAAUAUGGAGGAUUGCUAGAAGCUUGAAAAGGAGUGGCGCUAAUGAUCAAGAGAAAACUAGGUUUAAGAAGAAGGUUCAAUCUCAAGGAGAAUCUAGGAGUGCUAAGUUCAAGGUUGAGAAAGGAGGUGGUUCCAAGGAUGGCAAUCCUACUUGUGAAAAGUGUGGAAAGAAACAUUAUGGUGAGUGUCUAUUGGGUACCAGAAGUUGCUUUGGUUGUAGUAAAGAUAGGCACAACGUGAGAGAUUGUCCUAUGAUUGAUUCUAGAGGGAAAGAGGGUAAGCAAGUUGCUUCUAGUGUUCCGAAGGAUGAUACUUUAACAAACAGGCAUUUCUAUGCACUCCGUUCUAGAGUGGAGAAGCCGGAUGAGAAGAACAGUGAUGAUGAUGUCGUUAAAAUCUUUUUUCUUAUUGUGAUAUGA